UCUACGUGAUGAUUGCUGCCAGUUGAGUCUGGGCGUCGGCGGAGACAGAAACCCCCUCCCCGCCUCCGGCAGGUCAGAGUUGGCCGGCAGGUAAAUAGGCAGAUUCCAGCAGACGCGCAACAACUCACGGAGGAGAAGCAGCUUCCCGGCAUUUUGGAUGCCGCAGUCCCUCCCUCCUCUACCUAACCCUCGCCAUGCCCGGGUACUACUACCACAUCAAGAUCCCGCAGACCACUCGCCAGGGAGGGUCGCCAAGGUCCGGGAGGGACAAAGAUGGCAAAGGGAAGGACAAGAAAGACCCCAAGGCCACCGCAGAGAAGGAGAGGCGCAGGGACACUGUACGCGAGCGGUCAGCCAGAGCGCCUCCAGCCGAAAACAAAUCCUGGUGGUUCCCUUACGAGAAGAAGGUCCACCUGAUGGUGUUCACAGCCGUGGGGGUGAUUUGUAUUAUCCUGGGUCUAGGCAGAGGUUUGAAGCUGGAGGAAAGGGCGCUGGGAGCAGUGCUGUUCUCCUUCGGACUCUUCGUUCUUGUGAUGAUAGGGGUGUGGCUGCUCAAGGUGUACAUCGUCGCCAGAAGGGAGAGGAAGAGAAAAGAAGAAGAAGGAAGAGAGGGAAAAGAGGGAAGGUCUCCCAAUCCCGUAAAAGCGAAGCGGACGUACGAAACCCUGUCUGCGGCUAGACUGGGCAAAGACCGGCAGGCCCGCGCAGAGCAGUCUCGGGCCCUUCUGAUGAAGUCGCCCUCGACAAUAACGACGAGCCCCGAGAGCGAAGACAUGCCGCUCCCGUCAGAGCAGACGACUCCCGAGGCCGAAGCCGCCCCUCCCCCGUCCUAUAAUGAGAUUGUACAGGCAUGAAGGACAUACAGGCAAUGCCAGAACGAACGUCCGAAUCUCUCAGUGUCCACUUCUCUCUAACAGUCAAGACGUGACUAUCAG